CCGCUAGCUGGGCAGGUCAGGAGUGCAGUGUGCAGUCGUACAGUGGUUCAACAAAGGCACCGCGGCCCCGCUUAAGCAGUUUACGUUGUUCUCUAAUAUUAUGAGAAGGGAAGCUGAGAGGCUAGAGAGGCCACGUUUCUGUGUGUCUGCUGAAUUAUCUGAACUUUUGCCGCGCCGGUUCCGUGCACCAAGCCGGAAUCGCACACUGUGAGCACGGAAAAGCCGUUUAGUUCGCAGAGUACUGUGUACAACCGCUCGCUGUUCUAUUUGCUAGUGAACGACUGCGUGAAGUGAAUGUCUGAUCUGCUACUGUGAGCUUGACGGUGUAAGCUACUACUGAGAAUGGCAAACCUCGAUUGCCCUGCGUUGCCGAAGGGCUGGCGACGCGAGGAAGUUAUUCGUCGAGGUGGGCUGUCAGCUGGAAAAGUCGACGUCUACUACUACAGUCCUGGAGGAAAGAAGUUUCGCAGCAAGCCUCAGCUGGCACGCUUCUUGGGUGAUGCCAUUGACCUGAGCACGUUUGAUUUCCGCACGGGCAAGGUCAACUCUUUGCUGCUUCGCAAAAGCCGCAGGCAGCGAGGCACACAAUUUGACUACAGUCGAGGGAUACGCAAUGAUGCCUCUCUUGUGCCUCCUAUCAGGCAAACGGCCUCCAUCUUCAAGCAGCCAGUCACUGUGGUACGAUCACAGGAAGGCAAAGUGCGCUCAGAUUUUAAGCAUGGCCCUCCAGACAAACCAAAACAGCUCUUCUGGGAAAAGCGGUUACAAGGAUUGCAAGCAUGCGACCGGGAUCAAGAAGCCCUUCAGAGUUUUGAGCUUCCCAGGAACAUGAAAGGUGUGGGCCCCAAUGUCAGCCAGGAGACCCUUCUUCGGAGCAUAGCCACGGCUCUGCAUAUGAGUGCACAACCUGUCACUGGGCAGACCGGCGUACGUAGCGCACUCGACAAGCAUCCAGGCAUCUAUCUCAACCCGGACCAGCCUCUUGUUCAGGCCCUGAAUGUAACUGAUGAAGACAUCCGGCGCCAGGAAGAGCAGGUCCAUCAGGCCAGGAAGAAGCUGCAGGAGGCCCUGGCUGAUCUGCCACCCUAGCUGCAUGCUUAAGUUGCCAACAGUAAACAAUGGUGGCAAGGCUGCUAAUCUUGAUCCAUUUAUACCAGCAAGCUGUGGGAAAGGCGCACGAGCCAUCGUCAAAACAGAAUCAUUCUUUCAUAACUAAUAAACCUGCUAAAUUAAAGUGC